AUGCCGCCGGCGCAGCAGCCCCCUCUGCCGCGCAAUGACCUCGGUAAUGACGCCGACAGCGACCACGACGACGGCGACAACGGCGGUGACGACGACACCAACGCCCCUCGCGAUGGACCCCAGUGCAUCGGCAAGCGCACCCGCAGCAGGCUCUCGCUCGCUCUGCUGCCGUCCGUCGCCGCGGCUGCCGGCCCCGAAGCAUCACAUGAGCUCGCUGGGUCCACGCCGAGGCCGGACCACGCUACGCCGCUCGGGCAGCGCCCCGCCUCCGCUCAUGCGGACAACCGCGGACAAGACGCCGCUCAAGACGGCGGCACCACUGGCUCCUUGGCACCGCUCCAGUCGACCCACCAGCUGCGCCCUCGGACGCACCAUCAUCCUCAUCAUCAGCAUCAGGCCCACGCCGAGCAGCAGCACCAGCAGCAUCGCCUCUUUCCCUCAUCCUCGUCCAGCCAGCUCGCAGAAACGGCCGAUGCGCCCGGAGCAUCGUCAGCCUCUACCACGGCCACAGCCUCUGCUGCCGCCUCGUCGUCGUCCGCCGCCCACUCGCGCUCCUCGAGCGGCCCCGCCCGCGCCUUUCAGCGCGCCCGAUCGCGCAACCGCUCCCUCGAUAUCACCGCCUCGACCUCUCGCCCGUCGCGCCACCUCCGCGCCUCCACUGCGAGGAACUCUGCCAAUGCGCACGGCGGCAGCGCUACCGACGGCACCGCGGCCGGCCUCCGCACUUCCGUCUCCUCGUCGUCGCUGUCCCGCGCCGCCUCGAGCCUGUUCGGCGCAUCUUGCUCGUCGUCGGCGUCUUCCAGUCCGGAAGACGGCAUUCGUUCCGCUCUCUCGAACCUGCCUCGCCAAGCUGACCGCAGCGAGAGCCAGGAGGCACGCAGGCAGAGCCAGGGACACCCCGACGGCGAAAGCCAGGCAUCCUCCCAGGGCCGCCCGUCGUCGGCCAUGUCGCCGCCCCGACCCACGCGGGCGCUGCCCCGCCGCAACGCAUCGGCCAUGACCGCCAGCCGUCCGCUGCCGCAACCUGCGCAAAACAACCGCACCGCGACCUCGAGCGGCGACGGCAUGGCGGGCCCGUCGCCAUCUUUGACUUCCUCGCCCUAUGCCCUUCGAUCGCGCAGGUCGCUGGGCCCAUCGCCAAUGUCGUCGGCCAACUCCAAUGCCAACAUCAUGGCCUCGGGCGGCGGCGGCAGCGGCGGCAAUCCGUCCUCAUCCGCCAACCGGUACGGUGCAGGUGCAUCGUCGUCGGCGUCUUCUUCGACCGGCUGCAAUCCGCUCGCAUCCUCGGCCGGCUUCGGCAUGGGAGGGGAUCCCGGGCCUCUGUCGUCGUCAUCAGGCGCCUCGACGCCCAGGACGCCGCUAGCAGAAAUCCCCUUGUGGCUGGCCGACAUGCGCAGCGAGAGUCGGCGCAGCAGUAGCAGCAGCAGCAUGGCCCUCGACGGCGACGAAGCUGGCGGCAGUUACUUUACGCCGCGGCCGGGCUACGGCCGCUCCAGGACCGCGUCCUCGUCGAGCACCUCGAGCAACAUGAGCAUGGUGCCCACGCCCUCGUCGUCGUCGGGCAUGGCCCCCACCCGGCGUUCGCUGCGAGACCGUCGGCCGCGGCAGAGCAACGAAAACGACCCCGACAGCCUGGGCUCGAGGCACAGCCAGGACCUCGACUGGCCCGACGUUCAACACACUCCGACCUUGGGCGAGUCGUCGCAAGCCUCGUCGAGCUCGUCACCCAUGGCGCUCCGCAGCAGGUCCUCGAGCGGACCGGCACGACGGCCGUCGAUCGGGCAGACACCGGGAAGAUCGACGAAUGGGCCCCUUUCGCUGACGGCGUCAUCGUCGCACCCGACCACACCCGUGCGGCAGCGACCGUCAAGCACGCAACGUCCAUUGAGCAUCAGCACCGUGCAGAGCAGCUCGAGCGGCGGACUGUCGGAGCGCGCUUUCGGCAACAGCCUCGCCAAUGGCGCCACCGCCCCCGCGCCGACUCCGCCGACGCUGGCCGAGAGGAGGAUGCGGCCAUCACGCUCGUCGGACGUGCCCAUGGAGCUCGAGGCCGUUCCCGAAUCGACCAGCGAGCAUCCGGCCUCCGCUGCGGGGGCGAUGCUGCCGGACAGCGGCGAUGCCGGCGGCCCAGCGCGGAUGACGCGCUCCUCGAGCCGACGAAGGCAGCUGGCUCCCUCGGCAACCGAGAAUCGGCCCGCUGCCGGCAGCGCACACCCGCCCGAUGCCCCCGUCACGCCCCUCCGCACUCUACAGAUUGCCCCGAACCAUCGUCGGCGACGCAGCCAGCCGGACGAGGCGCAGCAGGACGGCGUUGCGCAGUACGUGCUGCCUUGGUCGCCGUCGAUGCCGACGCUGACGCUGCGCAGCUCGCCCCGGCUCGCCUCGGCCGGACGUGCCUCGACGGCCUCGCACGCCGCCGAAUCGCUCCCGUCGUCGUCGCAGCAGUCGUUCAACGAGCCGCCCUCGCCCUCGGCCUCGUCGACCGUCACAAGCCUGACGAACGCCUCAACCGCCGGCGAGAGCAGCGCCUCUGGCUCGGCCGGCAUGCCUGCCACGCCCCUGGGCGACAUUGCGCCCGGUCUGCCGUCGGUCGAGGCGAUCCAGUCGAUGCAGCACGACGACAUCGACGGGCCUCCCAGACGGGCCAGGACGCGCGCAUCGGCUGCAGCCGCCGCUGCCGCCGCCGCCAGCGGCGAUGUCGGCCUCGACGGUGAUCAGACCGGGCUCGGCCUGGGCGGCACCGAGGACAAGCAGUACGAUGGUGACGACGCCGCCGUCGGCCGUCUCAAUCUCCUGCUCCGCGGUCGGCCAUUUUAG